AUGGAUUGUUUCACCCUCUUCAGUAACGCCCAGUACUUCUGGGCAAUCUUUAAGACCCGGAAAAAUAAAUUCCAGGCGAGGGAGACGUUCAAUGCUCUAAAGCGAAAAGAAACAGUGAGGAACAACCAGGACUGGCAAUUUUCUUUACUUCCUCCGACCAGUGCUUCCGAGAUUUUCCNCACAUUGGAUUGCUACAUGGAUUGUUUCACCCUCUUCAGUAACGCCCAUGUUGCAAAGACAUUGUUAGUGCUUACAAUUAGUAAAAAGGGUAAUAGUGCUGUCUCUCCAUCAUGUUUGGAGAGUUACAAUGUACAGGAGCACACGAUCACUAGAUGGAGUCCCGAGCAAUGUCGUGAGGAUCAACCAGUGGUUGAAAGCGGAACCAAUUAUGGGCUCCAAAAAUGGAUUAUUGGUUACGUAUUACCAGACUGCAUGGGAAGGUCUACAGAAUUCCCAUCAAUCAAACUGGCAAACAUGUUGCUGUCAAAAGGAUAUGGAAUGACAGAAAACCAGCCCACAGGCUUGAGAAGGAAUUUCUAA